AAUAACGGCGGUGCCCCCGUGAGUAAUUCCGCUCCUGCGGUUCACCAUAUCUUGCCGUGCUCCCAACUUCGACUCCCCAUCACUUUCUUCGAAGCCUCGUUACAGCAGCCGUCGACGACCGUCGUCCCUCAUUCAUUAGAGACGACAAAUUCGUCAAUCAAACACAAUUCAAAAAAUAUAAAUAAAUAAAUAAAUAAAUAAGCCCUAAGGCUAACAUAGAUUUCUGCCCCAAUCUUCGUCCGCUCCUCCAUCAUGGCGUCCACCAAUCUGGAGACCGAAGCCGCCCCCGAAUCCAAACCCCAAGAGAACGGAAACCCUAACCCGAGCCCUGGCCUCAACGAUGUAGUCGUCGACGUGUACUCAGCUUCGGCCUAUGGCGACCUCGAAAAGCUCCGGUGGUUCGUUGAGAAGGAAGGGCACCCCGUCUCUAAGCCCGAUGCUAAUGGCUACUACCUUUUGCAGUGGGCGGCGCUCAAUAAUUAUACUGAUAUCGCUUAUUACGUAAUUGAACAUGGGGGAAAUGUAAAUGCAGUUGAUGGCUCUCAGCAGACUGCUCUUCACUGGGCCGCAGUUCGAGGGGCGACUGCAGCUGCAGAUGUUUUGCUGCAGAACGGAGCCCGGUUGGAGGCUGCUGAUUUGAAUGGUUAUCGGGCGGUCCAUAUUGCAGCACAAUAUGGACAAACAGGAUUCUUGUAUCAUAUCAUGGCGAAGCAUGGUGCAGAUUUUGAUGCAUCUGAUACUGAUGGAAGGAGUCCAUUACAUUGGUCUGCAUACAAGGGAUUUGUGGAUACAGUUAGGUUGCUCUUAUUUAAGGAUGCUUACCAGGGGAGGCAAGAUAAGGAUGGCUGCACACCCCUGCACUGGGCUGCUCUAAGGGGCAAUGCGGAGGCUUGCACCAUGCUUUUGCAUGCAGGUACUAAGAAAGAGCUUCUGGUGAAAAAUAGAUCUGGAUUUACUCCUGCUCAGCUGGCCUCUGAUAACGGUCAUCAGCGUGUUGCCUAUAUGCUUUCCAAUGCUACAAGGGUUCGUGGCAAUAUCUUUGAAGAAAACAUAUGCUCCAGAAAGAUGGGAAAGAUUGGAUACGCUCCCAUCUUGCUGUUCAUUAUAAUGAUUCUUAUUGUUCUUUUUAUUAACUCUGUUCUUGCUGCGCCCAAUUUUCCGAAAGUUACUGCCAUGGUUGGACUGUGGUCGUUGAGUGGAGUUUCUCUUGCAUUUGGUUCUCUGUAUAUGUUAUAUAGGUGUAGCAGCAAGGAUCCUGGUUAUAUUAAGCCAAAUUCUGGAGGUUCAGCGACACGUGCUGGUGGCAGUGAGGAUCCUUUGUCGAACAUUGAUAUUGACAAUUCAACUAUUUGGACAGGCAACUGGUCUCAGCUUUGCCCAACAUGCAAGAUUAUCCGGCCUGUACGUUCGAAACAUUGCCCUACCUGUAAGCACUGUGUGGAACAGUUUGACCAUCACUGUCCGUGGAUAUCUAAUUGUGUUGGGAAGAAAAACAAAUGGGAUUUUUUCAUCUUUGUUUGCUUGGGAACCUUGACAGCAUUUAUUGGAGCUAGUAUUACCAUCCAUAGAAUGUGGACAGCAUCACCGUUACUAUCCUCUUCUGGGUCAUGGAUUCACCAAAUGAUAUCUGAACAUCCUGGGGCUGUUGCAUUUCUCGUUAUGGACAGUAUCCUGCUAAAUGGACUUAUAGUAUUGACAGUAGCACAAGCAUCACAGAUAGCAAGAAAUAUCACCACGAAUGAGCUUGCUAAUGCUGUUCGAUAUUCAUACCUUAGAGGGCCAGAAGGGCGCUUUCGUAAUCCAUAUAAUCAUGGGUGCCAAAAGAACUGUACUGACUUUUUGAUCCGUGGGUAUAGCAACGACGAUGAAAUUGCUUGGCCUUCUCUACAACAGGCCACGCCAUGACACUCAUUAUCAUGAGGUUCUUCACUCAAGGAAGACAUUGGAUAUUAAGUGAAGUAAGCGUUGCAGUCUUUUCUGCCAGCUAAAUUGGGCAUGCAUUUAUUUACGCUACACAACCAGCAAGGCUGGGAUCAUUUGCAUUCUUUGGGGACUACAUUUGGUGCAAUUUUUGUUCAGUGUUUAUGUAUAGGUUGAAGAUCUAUACUGUAGCCAUGUUAUCUGUACAGGGAAAAAGGGAUUCAGAAUAAUCAUUGGAUUUUCCAUGACAUUCGGUCAUCUUGUAGGCGUACGGAUGUCUAUUUUCUAUUGUUUUGUAUAUUUUCUGCCCCCUUGUGUAUGGUUAUAAUUGCUGUCUAAACCUUACACUAUAAUAUAUUUUGACGGUAUACCUCUAUACCAUACCUCGA